AAAGAAAACACACGGCGUAAAAUUUUGUGCGGCCCAAGUAAUAGCACCAAGAACACAAUGCUCAACAUCGGCUUCACUCCUUCCUUCACGCUUUCCUCCUUUCCCUUCAAAAUUCGAAGUUUGUAAGGAAACAAGUACCCAUUCGAUUACAUCAUUUCGAUUGGUUUUUCCCAAUUGGGUCAUCCGGGUCACUUUUCUUGCUACUAAUUUGAGCAGUUUUUGUAGAAUCCCCUGAUAAAACAAUCACUCUUCAAUGGCUGCAUUUAUAGGCGGUUUUGGGGCUUCAGGGUUGAAGGUAUCAUCAAGCUUGAACCUUUGUCAUGCUGGACCAAAAUUGGGUGCAUCGCAGCCAUUCCAUGGUUUGCAAGUAAGGUUCCCAAGGUACAUUCACUGUGAUGGAUUGGAGAUGACUGUUAGACCAAAAAGAGCAUUUCUAGGGUGCCAAUGUUCAGCUUCUGAUGGUACAGCUACCACUGGUGAUUCUCCUGAAGACAAUGGAGUACCUGGCAAAGUUAGUAAAGUAAUUCCGAAGUUGUUCGAGGCAAGUACCUUCAAAUUACAAUGAAAAUCAAAAUGGUACCUUGUUAGUUGGAAACUGUUUGUUAUAGCUCAAUUAAUGGUUCCUGGUAGCUCUCCAUGAUCUUUUAAGUACAACUAAAUAACCCAGGAUCAAGUCAUCUUGCAUAGUCAAGGCUUAAAUUUACAGUUGAAAUAGGUAUAGUAAUUCUCACCUCUUUUGUGGCUCUUUCUUGGGCCUUUUGGACUUGGUUUCUUAAUUUGUAGAACUGCAAGCAGGAUAGUUUACAUUCGUAUACGGCUUUUUUGAAAUGAAAACCCUUUAAAAGCUAAUAAUAGAUAUAUUCCCUGACUCGGUUGAAGAUGCCAUGUUGAUUUAUUCCAUUUGCCAGUAUUCUUCUUGUAAACAUAUGAUGUUGAUAUUAAUGAUCAUCCAUUGUCAGGUGGAAUCACUGGUCACAGACAUUUGUGAUACUACCUCAAUUGCUGAGUUUGAGCUGAAACUUGGGGGAUUUCGACUGUAUAUGUUGAGAGGCUUGACUCAGGAAGAAACAACCAUGCCACCUCCAGUUACUUCUCCUGCCAGUGUUAACACCGUCGUUGAGGUACCUAAUGCAAAUGGUUCUGCAUCAUUAACAUCCCUUGCCGUUUCUAAAUUAGAAUCUCCACCCAGUGAUGUUGAGUCUCUACUUGUAAAAGCAGCAGAUGGAGGCCUCGCUAUACUUAAAUCUCCAAAGGUUGGAUUUUUCAGGAGAUCUCGAACUAUUAAGGGAAAGCGAGCUCCUCCAUCUUGUAAAGAGAAGCAACAAGUAAAGGAAGGCCAAGUGUUGUGCUACAUUGAACAGCUUGGUGGAGAGAUUCCUGUUGAGUCGGACAUAUCUGGAGAGGUUAUCAGAAUUCUUCUAGAAGAUGGUGAGCCGGUCGGUUAUGGGGAUGCUCUUAUUGCGAUCCUCCCUUCAUUUCCAGGGAUAAAGAAACUAUAGUGUUGAAGGUAUUCAAGACUUUCACAUAAGUCGAGGGGUUUUAUGAUUGUUGCUUGAAAAGAUAAGAUUGAAUUUGGCAUCUGUAACUCAGUUGUCAAAUACCAUUAGCUUUUGAAGUUUCAUUUGCCAGUUUUCUCUCUUCUUUUUAAAAAAUCCAACACCUAAUAUUAUUAUGCGGUUGAAACCAAAUGAUAGACAAGUAUUAAUCUGGUAAAUAAUCUGUCUGACUUUUCAACGACAUUUUAAACCUUUAUUUACUUCAUA